AUGAGUGAAGUAGUGGAAGUAAACUCAAGCCCAGUAACGAUCAUCAAAAACCCAUCUGGAAAAGAAUCUACCGUUCAGGUGAUCUCAGCACCACCAUACCAAUUCACUCGAUCACCAUUGAUUUAUGGUUCAGUUAAUCAGACGAACCCUAAAAGCCCAUUUGCUGUGGUUACACCUUUAGCGAGUCCGACGAAAAAGGCCAUGAAAAGCAUGCAAAGCUACCUUGAAGAAAUUAGUCAUCUGACAAAGCUUGGUUCACAAGACGAUUGGCUUCCAAUUACUGAAUCAAGAAAUGGGAAUGCAUACUAUGCUGCUUUUCAUACCCUGAGUUCUGGAAUUGGAAUUCAAGCCCUUGUUCUUCCUCUUGCUUUUGUUGCCCUUGGUUGGACAUGGGGAAUUAUAUGCCUAUCAUUGGCAUUUGUAUGGCAAUUAUACACGUUGUGGCUAUUAAUACAACUCCAUGAAUCCGUCCCUGGAACUCGCUAUAGCCGUUACCUCGGGCUCUCAAUGGCUGCUUUUGGUAAUAAACUGGGAAAGCUAUCGACUCUUCUCCCAACCAUGUAUCUCUCCGGCGGCACUUGCGUAACCCUAAUAAUGAUUGGCGGCGCCACCUUAAAAAUCUUCUUCCAAAUUGUGUGUAGCAACCCUACAUGCAAUGCAGAUUCGAUAACCACCGUUGUGUGGUACAUUAUUUUCACUUGCUCAGCCGUGAUCUUGGCUCAACUUCCCAACUUGAACUCCAUCGCCGGAGUAUCCCUGAUUGGCGCUGCCACGGCAGUUACAUAUUGUACUCUAACGUGGGUUUUGUCUGUCACCAAAAACAGGCCAAAUGGCAUAUCCUAUGAGCCCUUAGAGACCAAAUCGGAUAUUGCUAAAACUUGCAGCAUUCUUAACGCUCUUGGAAUCAUUGCAUUUGCUUUUAGGGGCCACAAUCUUGCCUUGGAAAUACAGGGAACCAUGCCAUCAAGUCUACAGCACCAAUCUAAUCUGCCAAUGUGGAAAGGGGUGAAAUUUUCAUAUCUAAUCAUCGCCUGCUGUUUGUUUCCACUGGCAAUAGGAGGCUAUUGGGCAUAUGGGAACUUGAUGCCUGCAAAUGGCGGGAUUUUGAGUGCAUUGGAUAAGUAUCAUGAACAUGACAUAAGCAAGGCAAUUUUGGGGUUAACAAGCCUCUUGGUUGUGAUCAACAGCCUCACCUCUUUCCAAAUAUACGCAAUGCCAGUCUUUGACAAUCUCGAGUUCAGGUACACUAGCAACCGGAACAGACCAUGUCCGUGGUGGGUUAGGAUAUUGCUUCGCGUGUUCUUUGGAUGCCUUGUACUCCUCAUAGCCAUAGCAUUCCCAUUCUUGCCGAGUUUGGCUGGACUGAUAGGAGGAAUUGCAUUACCAGUAACUUUAGCAUAUCCCUGCUUGAUGUGGAUUACUAUCAAGAAACCCGAAAAGUAUAGUGCAAUGUGGUAUCUCAAUUGGUCACUUGGAUCUCUAGGAAUGAUAUUAAGCUUUCUACUAGUAUUCGGAGCAAUAUGGACUCUAGUGACACAAGGAAUAGAAGUCCACUUUUUCAAGCCCCAGUGA